UGUAGAUGUCAUCGAAGCGUUGAAGGAUUCGAUGUAUCAACAAAUUCAAUGAUUGCACUUCGCAAAGUAAUUAAAGCUUUAUGAAUAAAGCCUGUAAAUUAGUUCAAGCGUUUAAAAUGGAGUCACACACUAAAAAAUAUCGUUACUGCCUUGCCUGUUUAUGUCAUGAUUCUGAGAGGGAAUUAGACAAUUUUAAAUUUCAUAAUGGAACUCUUAGUGCUAUAAUUAAGGAAACAAUACGGUUGUGUUAUAUAUGCAAGAAAAUAGCAUUUAACGUGGAGCGAUUUGUUCACAAUGUACAAAGUAACCAGUUUCAGUUCGAGAGUACAGAAAUUAUUACAGAUUCCACAGUUCCAACCGGAAACAAAAUUCCGCCAUUAGUCAAUUUGUCAAAGGAGAUAUUGCAUUCAUUAGACAGUAGAGAGAGUAAACAUCUAGAAGAAACAGACUCUGAGAUAUUUAGCAGUAGGGAUGUUAAAAUUAAGGUAGAAAUGAAAAAUGAAUUAACAUCACAUAAUUUAAAGGAAGUGACCGGUGAUAGUGAAUUUCAACAGUCAAAUUUGAAGGAGGAAGAUUUUGCCUUGCAAGAUGCAAUGAAAGAGGAAUCAGAUAUUUUGGAGAAUAUUAAUUUAAAAUUAUUAAGUAAGCGGUUGAAAGAGAAAAAAAAUUUUGAAAAUAGCAAGUCUGAUAUUUAUAAAGAUGACAAGAAACUUAAGAGUAAAGAUUGCUUUGUGACGGUACUACACAUAACAAAGGAACAGUUUGACCAGGAGAAACAGAACAUGAUGAAGGAUCCCAAAUACGUGAACAGUGUGUACAGAUGUGUGGACUGUAUAAAGGGAUUCAUAUUCAAAGAGUCAUAUGAGAAACACAUGCAGAAACACAGUAAGACCAUGGGCGAGUUUGAAUGUGACAUCUGCAAACAGAGAAUGUCCACGAUGGAGAAGCUGCUCAGCCAUCAGAAAUACCAUAAGAUCCGCUAUAAGUGCAGGGAGUGUGAGCUGGUCCGCAUCAGCCGCCUCACCAUCACCGACCACUACACGGCCUGCCACCUCAAGGACACCUUCCACUACAAGUGCCCGCAGUGUGACAAGACCUUCAAACGCCAGAUAUCGUUGAAGAAGCACAUCUCGUACUCUCACCUAAACAGAGGUCGCUCCACGUGUAGCUACUGCCACAAGAGUUACGCCAACAAGGAGGUGCUCAAGGGACAUCUCAUACGAGCCCACCCAUCCGAAGUGUCGUCUACAUCAGCGCCGCAGCACGUGUGUGCUGAGUGCGGGCUGGGGUUCCGCGCGCCCUCUCAGCUCAGGAACCACAUGAUCAAACACUCCGACAACAGAAACUUCUACUGCGUGGAGUGUGACAGGAGUUUCAAAUCAGACGCAGCCCUGAAACAACACCUCAAAGUGGCGCUACCUCACGUCAACUACAUGGAACUACCACUGAAGUGCACUCACUGCGACAAGAGAUUCAGCAUCCGGAGAGACCUGGAGCGACACGUGAAUAGAGUUCACCUCAACAUCAAACCUCAUCAGUGUGACAAGUGUGAUAAGGCCUAUAUAAACGGAUGGUCUCUGAGGGAGCACAAGAGUUACGCUCACGACGGUCGCAAGAGGCCGCUGAAGUUCCCGUGUCCGUACUGCGACAAGAUAUUUGACCGUAACGCGACCUGCAAGGCCCACGUCCGCACCCACACGGGCGAGCGGCCCUACAGCUGCAGCAGGUGCCCGGCCCGGUUCAGCCAAGCGAGCGUGCUGGCGACGCACGUGAGGCUGGUGCACCUGCACCUCACCAGGGACGGCCGGCCCAAACAUGCGGCCCGCGGACACUAGGCGGACCCACACACACUCACACUCACACACA